AUGCACCCUGCUCUAGAAUCUCUGAGGGAUUACUUUUCGCAAUUUGGCGAGGUUCUCGAAUGCACCGUCAUGCGCGACAAUAACACGGGGCGAUCCCGCGGCUUCGGUUUCCUUACCUUUAAGGAUGCCAAGACUGUAAACAUCGUGAUGGUCAAGGAGCAUUUCCUGGACGGCAAGAUUAUUGAUCCUAAGCGAGCGAUUCCUCGUGACGAGCAAGAAAAGACGAGCAAGAUCUUCGUAGGAGGUGUUAGCCAAGAGACAACCGAUCAAGAGUUUAGGGAUUACUUUGCUCAGUUUGGCCGAGUAGUUGACGCAACCUUGAUGAUGGAUAAGGAUACGGGCCGCCCGCGGGGAUUCGGAUUCGUCACGUUUGAGAAUGAAGCCGGAGUGGAUGCGUGCCUCAACGCCAAAUUGGAGAUUCACGGCAAGUUUAUCGAAGUGAAGAAGGCCCAGCCCCGAGGCAACAUGAGGGAAGAAGAGGAGGCGGCACGGCGCAGCAAGUUCCGCAAGGGCGAGGAACAGCCGGCGAGCCAGCAAAAUUCGAUGGGCAGUCAGAUGAAUGCGGCGGGCAUGAGCCCGCAGGUGAUGGCGCAGUAUAUGCAGCGCAUGCAGCAGUACUUUUCCGUUAUGCAACAGCAGCAACUCGCCAUGAGCCGGGGCAUGGGCAACGUAAACCCCAUGAUGCAGCAGAUGAUGAUGGCGCAAAUGCAACAGCAAAUGAUGAAUCAAGGGCGGGGCGGACCUGGCCAGGGGCCCAAUGCAGCCAUGAUGAACCAAAUGAACCCCGCCAUGAUGCAGCAAAUGCAGCAGAUGAUGGCGGCCCAGGGCGGACCCGGCGGCCCUGGGGGAUGGACCAAGCGAGCCAAGGCGGACGGGGGCCAACUUUGGCGGCAACUUUGA